AUGGUCAAUCUGCUUCCUGCUGUUGUCAUUGACAACGGUACCAGUACCACUCGCGCCGGUUUUGCUCUGGAAGAUUUGCCCUCCCUCGUGUUCAGCCUGAGUUACCUGGUGGACGAGAACAACAAUGUGCUUAUUGGAGACAAGCUCAACACGAGGCCAGACCUUGAAGUAAUUACACUUGUUGACAACGGUAUUGUCUACAACUUCGAACAUAUCGCAAAAAAUUGGGAGUACGCUUACGAGAACUUAGAUAGCGGCAAUGGCGUUGACUCGAAAGAGCACCCGUUGAUGAUGACAGAGCAGACGUGGAAUACGCUGAAAAACAAAGCGGCCACGGCACAGAUCGCGUUUGAGACAUUAGAAGUGCCUCUUUUCUCGCUCUUGAAGAGCCCCUUGGCUCAGUUGUACCAUACGGGUCGCUCGAGCGGUUUGGUGGUGGACGUGGGUGCUGGAGUGGCCAGUGUGACGCCUAUAAUAGACGGAGUUAUUCAGCAAAAAUCGUGUUUUCACUCGAAAUAUGCUGGUGAUUUUGCCAACUUGCAUGCUUUGCGUAGUAUUGAAGCGAAGUUGGGCUACCAGCCUGGUCAAGUGGACUACAAUCGCUUGUUACCGUCUACGUACAACUCCGGUAAUGUUUCCCAGUCGUUCAGGCUGUACUACGUUGCUCACAAUCUUUUACAGAACUUCAAAGAAACUAUGCUUUCUGUCAGUGAACCUCCUCCAGGCGUUUCGUCGUCGAAUGCUUACUACCAACAAGCACACCAACUGCCCAGCUUCUUCCAGUUACCUGACCGUACACAGAUUCACUAUUCAGAGAGAGAAUCAUCGUCGCUCUUAGAGGCUCUUUUCGUGCCCCAUAUAUAUAAGUUGCCCGAUGUUCCAAUCCCUGAUCCUGCUUUCGACAAGGCCCACACCCAUGGUAUCUCUAAUUUGGUGCUUUUCUCCUUGAAGAACUUGGAAUCGACAAUGGUGCCAGCUGGUGGAGAUCCACAGAAUGCAAGCAACAAUGCUCGUUUCAACGAAAUUUUGAGGCAAAUGUUUACAAACACUUUAAUUACUGGAGGCUGCUCGUUGCUUCCGGGAUUUUCUGAUAGAGUUUGCGGCGACAUCAGCCGUACGGCGCCGUCGGUGUUGCCCAACUACAUGAUCACUUCACAGUAUAAGAUCUACAUCAACCCCUUGAGAAACUAUCCUCUGGGAGACAUAAACGACAUUUUCGACAAGAAAUUUGGCUCGUGGUUGGGUGCUGCCAACUUGGCAAACAUGCUUAAUGACGCUGUAGAGGAUGAGAACGGCAGCGCCAACAUCGCCUUGGAUAACUGGUUUAUCUCGAAAGCCGAUUACGAGGAACUCGGUGAGGACUUGGUGGUUGAAAAGUUUAAGUGA